AUGAGUGUGUCACACUCGCCCCAACGAGGCAUGGACUCUACAAAGCGGAAGCGAGCCGCCAAGGCUUGCAAUUACUGCAGAAAGAGAAAGAGGAAAUGUGAUGGGCGACAACCUGUCUGUACGCUAUGUGAAGAAGCGAACAACUCGGAAUGCGCAUAUCGCGACGAAGGCAAUGAGAGCAAACGCAUCGCCAUCUCGGUAGACAGAGUCGAUGAAAUCUUUGACCGCCUUGAAUCUCUCGAAUCAACAUUCCAAUCCGCCAUAGCAAGACAAAGAGAGAAAAGUCCAGUACCAACACCAUAUUCUAUCCCCAGACCCGUCGAAGCCAUCAGCCCAGAAGAUGGCAUUAUUCCAGCAUCAUCAGUUCACUCAACAGGACCCGGAACUCAAACUUCAUUAUCACAAUUCGCUAACAACAAUGUCUUCAACACCACCAUGGACAUACCCCUGUCCCAUUCAUCAACGACAGGGAAUCUUCUACGCUCAGCUCCCGCAAAGGCAUUGCUAGGUCAUUAUCCUCCUGAUCUGUUCCUCCAUAUCGAGUUGAGACGCCCGGUUCCCGAAGGAUUGAGACUGAAUGCGACACCGGCUAGCCAAAUAGACAUUCCUUUAGUUUCCCCCAAUGAGACCGACCAUCUCGUGCGCAAUUACUUCCAACUGGUGCACCGAUUCCACCCCAUUCUUGAUCAACGGGCUUUCUACGAGUUAUACGAUCGCGUUCUCGACCGUGGACCCCAACCAGAUCUCCCUUCGGCGUUGGUGCUUGUUGUGUUGGCUCUUGGCACUGUCGCAGCCGAGACACCAAAUCGAAUGGACGCGUGUUGGAGUCCUGGAAUACGAUUCUUCACUCCAGCUGUGCGAUUACUGCUGACCGAAUCUUUGGGAUCCUUUGGUGGUGACCCUCUUCUACCCCAGGCCUUGUAUCUGGCUGCGCUGUACUAUAGUUACUUGUCAAGGCCUUUGCUUGCAUGGCGCACUAUUGGAUCAGGUACAUCACCUCUCCAGAUAACAAGGAACCGUGCUGAUGAAGAUCCAGAUCCGAGAAGCUAUUACGAGACGGUCAAGGCGGUUCUCAAGACCAAUCAAUUCUACGAGUCUUUUGGGCUAUUCUCGUUCUUGAAUGAACAUCAUCUCCCUCGGAGUGGCAUAGAAAAAAUCGUUGACAAACUUCCCUACCCAUGGUCCGACGGCCCUUCCGAACCAUACAUGCACCGCUGGCUAGCCGAUCUCUCAUCUCGUCGCCUCCUCAACCGAAUCCACUACGUUCUUUACGCCGAAGCAGAGCCAGGGACAGGAGACCCAGCAGAUAGUUCCGAGGAAACACUGUCCAGUCUACCGAACCUAGCCCACGAGUUGAAUCGUCAGCUGGGGGCGUGGUAUCACCUCCUUCCUCACAGCAUCCGACCAAACUUGGACAGUCCGCCGAUCGGUAUUGAUGAUACCAUGGUGUCUAUACGGUAUCACACCACGGGAGAUAUUAUAUAUAGGCCUUUUCUGUACCAGAACACGCAGUUCACGCACCAACAGCCUCGUUGGAAAAUUUGUUGCAUGGUACCUGCUUGCAUUACCGGCCCGGGAAUGUAA